GGCUGCAGUUUUCAAACCUCAACUGUACGCUCCCGUCACCGUCUUCGCCGCCGUAGUCGGGAGCCACCUCACUGGGGAGGUCAGGUCACAACUGUUAGCCGUUGUCCGGAAGGGUAAAAGUGGGUCCUGCCACGCUCGGAGCUGCGCGGCACCUCAAAGGGCUAGAGCUGGAGAACGUGUCCUGUCGUGGCCACCUGCGUGGGGCCGGAUUGGAGCCCCCUUGGAGGGGGCAGCCCCGGGAGAACCUGCUGCGGCCCGAGCGAUAAAAAUAAGUGACUGAAGAAGCCUAUCUGGGAGUCAUCAUGUUGAGGAGAAGAUUUGAUUGCCGAAGUAUUUCGGGCAUGCUAACUACCACUCCUCAAACCCCAAUUAAAGUGGAAAACUUUAAUAAUUUUUAUACACUUACAUCUAAAGAACUGGGAAGAGGAAAAUUUGCUGUGGUUAGACAAUGUAUAUCAAAAUCUACUGGACAAGAAUAUGCUGCAAAAUUUCUAAAAAAGAGAAGAAGAGGACAGGACUGUCGAGCAGAGAUUCUACAUGAAAUUGCAGUACUUGAAUUGGCAAAAUCUUGUCCCCAUGUGAUUAAUCUUCAUGAAGUCUAUGAAAAUACAAGUGAAAUCAUUUUGAUAUUGGAAUAUGCUGCAGGUGGAGAAAUUUUCAAUUUGUGUUUACCUGAGUUGGCUGAAAUGGUUUCUGAAAAUGACAUUAUCAGACUCAUUAAACAAAUACUUGAAGGAGUUCAUUACCUACAUCAGAAUAACAUUGUACACCUUGAUCUAAAGCCACAGAAUAUAUUAUUGAGCAGCAUAUAUCCUCUUGGGGACAUAAAAAUUGUAGAUUUUGGAAUGUCUCGAAAAAUAGGAAAUGCAUGUGAACUCCGGGAAAUCAUGGGAACACCAGAAUACUUGGCUCCAGAAAUCCUGAACUACGAUCCCAUUACCACAGCAACAGAUAUGUGGAAUGUUGGUGUAAUAGCAUAUAUGUUGUUAACUCACACAUCCCCAUUUGUGGGAGAAGAUAAUCAGGAAACAUACCUCAAUAUUUCUCAAGUUAAUGUAGAUUAUUCGGAAGAAACUUUUUCAUCAGUUUCACAGCUGGCCACAGACUUCAUCCAGAGCCUUUUAGUGAAAAAUCCAGAGAAAAGACCGACAGCCGAAAUCUGCCUUUCUCACUCUUGGCUACAGCAGUGGGACUUUGGAAACUUGUUUCACCCUGAAGAAACCUCCAGUUCCUCUCAAAGUCAGGAUCAUCCAGUAAGGUCCUCUGAGGACAGGACUCACAGGCCCUCUUGUAAUGGCACCUGCAGUGACCGGGAAGACAAAGAGAAUAUCCCGGAGGACAGCAGCACGGUGUCCAAGAGAUUCCGCUUUGACGACUCGCUGCCCAGCCCCCACGAGCUUGUGUCUGAUUUGCUCUGUUAGCACUUUCCUCCUCACCCCAUUUGAACUGAGUCUGGAAUCUGAAAUCCACUCCAGUGUGAGAUUGUGGUUUGUAGCUUCAUAUAUGGCAUGUUUAUAUUGUAAAUGCACUUUUGCAUUGAAGAAUUUAGGGAAAUGUUUGAAUGCUAAAUUAGUAGUGACUAGCACAAUUUCAUUCCCUAUACUGAGAUAUCAACUCUUCAAAAAAUAUUUAAAUAUAUAACAAAAAUAAAAUUGUACUUGUGAGUUUACAUGUUAAUGAAAGAGUUUGGGUUCAAAUGAAUUUAUCAGAAUAUCUUCCAUAUCA